AUGCUGCUGGGAGUAGGGCCACCACUUGGGUCGGCUGCCGGGCAGCCGGGGAUUCCGGCGCCGGCGGCGGGCCCCUGCUUCGAGGCCGCGACGGGGAGGAGGCACAACUGCUUCCUGCGGGAUAUGGCUGAAGACAAGGCGUCCUGGAGGGCUCGGGUGCGGGACAAGGCCUGCCACACUGUCGCCGCCCUCAAGGAGGAGCUCAGCGCGGAGCGGGCGCGCUGGCAGCAGCGAGGUCAUCGGCCAAGCAUCAGGCGCAGCCGCGCAGAGCUACGAGAUGGAGCGCAAGGCCCGCGAGCUGAUGGAGGAGGCGUGCUCGGAGCUCACACGGGAGGUGGAGCUGCGGCGCCGGGACUGCUUGCGCAUGCGGGAGGGGAUGAAGGAGGAGCGCCGGAUGUUGCAGAUGGCACAUGGCAGAAGUCUGGCGCGAGGAGCGCGUGCUCAACGCGGCUCAGCCACCUGCAAGGCGGAGAUGGAGGCGUUCCUAAGGAGCAAGGACUCGUCGUGCCACUCAUCUACGAUGUGGGAGGCACGCUUCAUCAGCGAUGCCGCGGCGGCGGCGAGCGCCGAGCUCAGAUUUCAGGGUCAACCGGGUAUGUGAUAUAUGUGGGCAGUGGUUCACUGGCAGCAGCUCAAUUUAUAAUUACCCCUUUUUUUGCUAUAAGCUAUAUAGAACUAAAGAUACCAUGUGCACCCAAAUGUUUUGGUUUUGGUGUGGUCUGCACACAUCUGGAGGUUGAAUUCUCGGCCGUUAGGCCACGGCAACAAACAAAUGAUCCACAUGUAGUCAGAGUUCUGAAGAUGCUCAUGCACAUGUGUUCAGAAAUCAAGCGAUGCGUUCGAUGCCGAUCAAUACAAGAUCGAGAUGACUGAAACAAUAAUCUCUCUAAUGGAUUUACCACCUGGUAGCGUUC